AUGCCUGGUAGAAGAAACCAAGGCAGAGGCGGUCGAGGUGGCCGUGGAGGAAGAUCUGCACAGCAGACUGGACGAGGGUCUCACGGCAAGAAGGCCGAUAGACCGAAGCAAUACCAUCCUCACAAUACUGACUUCACUCACGAGCAGGUGACAAUAUACUUGCUUGAGGCCAUUGCGCUCAAGAGCUUGGACUACGCUCAAGAUAUGAUCUGGAGUGUGAGAAAUAUGGCCCAUGUGGACUUUGAGGCUUUAAGAGGCACUCAAACGGUCUACAAGCCGGGAAAGAACGACUCCGAGUUCUUCAAAAGUUCAAGACAGGCUCAACUUGAUAGGAACUGGGAAAACCUAAAUGUCAAGAUUGACAAAAGAGAAGUGAUCUAUACCACAAACCAAUAUACCGUGGCUGCAAUCAUCACCAAGCAUUUCAUCACUCAAGCAAUGAGAGAUAAGUUAAGCAAUGAAACUGAUUGGUUGGACCUCAAGGAAGACCAUGUGAUGCUGUUGAAGCGUAUCAAGACAUUCAUGACCAUCACAGAUGAGACCGAGUGGCAACACUUUGGACUCAUGGAAUCUCUCAAGAGAUUCACGAACUGCACUCAGAACCAAAAUGAGUUUGUGAACGAUUGCAGAAGGCGGUUCGAAGCUCAAGCUGACCAAGUAUUCGAAAUCCUUGGCACCGAUGUGUUGCAUGUCUAUGCGACCAAAACAAUGGGGUACCUGGAUCUAUACGAUCCGGAGACCGAUCCGGACGAUAUCAAGGCGCUCCAAGAAACGUUCAAGAAAGAAGUUCUGGGCACAUUUAAAGCAAGUGCAUUUUUCUACAACUGCGACAGGUCUCGCUUCCAAAGCAUGUUGGACAAGGCAAACCAGACCUACGCCAUGGAAUUCAAGGAAUACGACCAAAGAAACGAAUACCCGACUACGAUUGACAAGCGCUGA